AUGGAUACACAAACUGGGAAAGGAGUAAGGAGAAGACGACAAGAAUUGAUAGAUGCUGACGAUAAUGAGGAAGAAGAAAGAGAACAAAUAACGCAACAGGGACCUUUAAAGGCCACUUCAACAAUAGAAACAGCAAAACCCACACCUGAGUCUAAUACUCCCCCACUACCACUACCAUCCCCACCAGCACCAGCACAACAUUAUAAGAGACCAAAACUGAAAUACUAUCAAUUCAAACAAGAACUUGAAGAAUUAGAAAUUCAAGAAGAUUUAUCACCAAGGCAACAAUCACGAUUAGAAUAUUUAACAAAUAAGUUGAACAAUUGGAAUAGGAACAACAACAACAACAAUAAUGCAUCUCAAAAUGAAUAUUAUAAUUUACCAUCAUUACAACAAUCAAAGAAUGACGUAUUACAUCAAAAGCAACAAUCAUUUCAACCACCAAGAAUGAAUUGGGAAGAUGAACAAUUUAAACGAGCUGAUCAAUUAAUUUUACAAAAUGAUGAUAAGAUACAUAUAAAUGAUGAUAAGGAAUAUGAAUUUGUGUUUGAUCAAACACAAUUUGUAAAUUAUGAUGACAUUGAAGAGUUACCUGGAAAUGGUGAAGAAGAAGAAGAAGAAGAGAGUGGAAUAAGGGAUAGUGACUCCAUUAUCGGCAAUAAAUACGAUGAAGUUAGAAAAUCAUUACCGGUAUAUUCAUAUCGUGAAGAAUUUUUAAAAAUUAUUAAUGAAAAUCAAACAUUAAUAGUAGUUGGAGAAACAGGAUCGGGUAAAACUACACAAUUACCACAAUAUUUACAUGAAGCAGGGUAUUCUCGAAAUAAUCAAGUGAUUGCAUGUACACAACCUAGACGAGUGGCAGCUACAAGUGUUGCCAAUAGAGUCGCCAAUGAAAUGCAAGUUAAAUUGGGAGAACAAGUAGGGUAUAAUAUUCGAUUUGAUGAUAAUUGCAAAGAUGGCGUUACCGUGAUAAAAUACGUCACUGAUGGUAUGCUUUUAAGAGAAUUUUUACAAGAUCCAACCCUUGGCAAAUAUUCUGCCAUAAUGAUUGAUGAAGCUCAUGAAAGAACAUUAUCUACUGAGAUUUUAUUAAGUUUAUUAAAAGAUGUAAUGAUGACAACUCGGAAAGAUGAUUUAAAAAUCAUUAUUGCCAGUGCUACUAUUAAUGCGGAGAAAUUCUCCCAAUUUUUCAAUAAUGCACCAAUUUUGAAUAUCCCAGGAAGAAGAUUCCCGGUUAAAAUCCAUUAUACAAAGCAACCAGAAGCAAAUUAUAUUCAAGCAGCAAUAACCACGAUAUUUCAAAUUCAUAUGACUCAACCUUUGCCUGGUGAUAUACUCGUGUUUUUAACUGGACAAGAUGAAAUUGAAACUAUGGAAGAAAUCUUACGUGAUCUGAUACUUAAACUUGGUGAUCAAAUAGAUCCCAUGAUAGUUUGUUCAAUAUAUGCCAAUUUACCUCAGGAAUUACAACAGAAAAUUUUCCAACCAACACCUAGCAACACUAGAAAAAUUGUUUUAGCAACCAAUAUUGCUGAAACUUCAAUUACAAUUGAUGGCAUUUCCUAUGUGAUUGAUCCUGGAUAUGUUAAACAAAAUGUAUAUAAUCCUACUACGGGGAUGGAAAGUUUAGUAGUGGUGCCAUGUUCAAGAGCUAGUGCCGAUCAACGAGCUGGAAGAGCCGGUAGAGUUGGUCCAGGUAAAUGUUUCCGAUUAUUCACCAAAUGGUCAUUUUAUAAUGAAUUAGAUUCAAAUCAACAACCAGAAAUCCAACGAGUUAAUUUGACGUCAGUGAUUUUAUUAUUAUUAUCGUUAGGGAUCAAUGAUUUACUUGGAUUUGAAUUUAUGGAUCCACCAUCCAAAGAAGCAAUAAUUAAAGCAUUGAAUUUAUUAUAUGCGUUGGGGGCAUUAAACACACAAGGUAAAUUAACUAAAACCGGCAAGAAAAUGAGUGAAUUCCCACUUGAUCCAGUAUUCACCAAAUGUAUACUAACUAGUGAUAAAUUUGAUAAUACUAAACAAAUCAUUAGUAUAAUUGCCAUGCUCAAUGAAUCGUCAAAUUUAUUUUAUCGACCUAAAGAUAAAAAGGAAUUAGCCGAUAAGAGGAAACAAGAAUUUAAUGAUUUACAAGGUGAUCAAUUUAUGUUAUUGAAAAUAUGGCAACAAUGGGUUGAUUCUGGAUAUUCAGUACAAUGGUGUCAAGAUUAUUUUAUUCAAUACAAAACAAUGAAACGAAUCAAGAAUAUUUAUGAACAAUUGAUUAGAUUGAGUAAAAAAAUCGGUAUUGAAGUGAAUAGCCGUCACCAACACCGUGAUCACCUACAAGAGAAUACAGACAAUAAUACUUUACUAACGAAAUGUUUAAUUAGUGGAUUUUUCAACAAUAUUGUUAAAUUAUCACCAAUGGGGGAUUGUUAUCAAAAAUUAACUAAUGGAAAAGGUGGUAAUAAUACCCCAUGUUAUAUUCAUCCUUCUUCAUGUAUAUAUAAAUUAAAACCCAAACCCAAAUAUUUGUUAUAUUAUGAAUUGGUAUUGACUAGUAAAGAAUACAUGAGAAAUUGUAUUAUAUUGGAUGAAAAAUUGAUUAAAGAGUACCUAUAG